GUGAAAAACUCAGGUGUACGAGUGGUUUGCUCGAUUUAAAAGUGGCCGCACGUUGACUGAUGAUAAACCUCGCUCUAGACGUCCAUCAACUGUCCGAAUCGACGAAAAUGUUGAAAAAAUUCGAAUGCUUGUGCUUGCAGACCAUCGACUCACAAUCGAUCAACUAUCCUGCAGCCAAGUUUGUUCCUCGGGCUCUGACUGACAAUCAAGAAGAACACCAAGUUGAAACAUGUCGUGCUUUGAAACAACAGCUUGAAUCUGAUCCAAAUUAUCUGUAAAAAAUCAUCUCUGGUGAUGAGACUUGGUGCUACGGUUAUGACCCAGAAAUGAAGCAACAGUCAAGUCAAUGGAAGACGCAAUCGUCACCCCGUCCAAAAAAAUGUCGUCAAGUCAAAUCAAACAUCAAAACAAUGCUGAUUUGUUUUUUUGGUGUAAGGCGUAGUCC